CUCGACAUUUUUAGGUAAAAACGGAGGAAAGUCACAAUCAGCUACAUACAGUCAGGAAGGAGAUCACCCGAAGCGGGUCAGAAAACAAUGUUGACAUGAGAGAGACAGAAGUUACCGAGGUAACAGAAACUGUCGAGGGUGGAACCAUCACGACGGUCAAGAGGAAAGUGGUGACGGUUAUUCAAGGUAAAGAGCAGGUGAUCGAGGAUAGCCAAAUUCUGGUGGAUGGCAAUGACACGGCAUUCUCUAGUGUUAUUGAUAGCGGAUUCGUUGUUGUUGAUAAGGAAGAUGGUCAUGCAGAACAAAAGGAAAUUUCUAUUAAUAUUGAGGAAAAUGUGAAACACGAACCUGUACCAACUGAAGUAGCCAAAAACCACGAUGAGUUGUUGAGAGCUCCGGGCAGCCCUGCAAGCCAACAUAGCUCACAGAGAUCUGAUGAUGAAGGAGGCGAUGAGGAUCAUGAUCGAAAGAAGGUGAAAAAGCAGAGAAGUUUCAAGAAAAUGUUCCAAAAGAAACCUCACAAAAAGAAAUGAUCUGGUGCAGUGAAAAGUAAUUACAAAAAGAGCCUACUGAAUUUAGUUUUUGAAACGGUGACUUUAUCUUAGCCAUCAAUCUGGUGGCUAGAUUUUCUCUUCUACUUACUUCAGCUAGUAUACACAAAUAUAUCGCAAAGCUAGAGGACUGACCAGAAAUCUGUUCGUGUGAAAACUGGUUAUAUAUAUACUACAAAGAGUUAUCAUAAAUAGAUAUCCAAAUUAUUUUGUGGUCUCCAACCGAACGACCCUGCAUGUUCAUUUUCCGUUGAUUGCACAAGAGAUAAGGUUACUAAUGUAAUCGUUAUUUGCACAUGUUGAUGUGAUAUUUGGUUGCGUCAUGGACUCGAGUGGACUGUUAUUUUAAAGAAAGUGGCAUUAAUGCUUUUCCUAUAAAUGACUUAGUUAUAUGUGGCAGUUUAUGGGCUAAGAUGAAGAACUGUACGUCUGCAACAUGCAUCUUAAUGAUCUAAAAAAUGCUUCUUGCUGAAGUAUAAUUAUUCCGUUCCACGCUUUCGCGCCAGUUUUUCAAGCUUUCUAUCAUCUUUACCGAAUUAAAACCGAGGCACCGACGAGAACGAGACUGUAGCCUUCUUCAACAUCUUCACGACCAUUUUUAGUUUAAAUUAUGGUUUUGUUGCAUCGUCACUACAAGAGUGAAAGUUUUAUAAAUAAAUUUUUGACUUAUCUGUUAUUUUGACUAUGAAAGAUUUCCUUUGUCUUAUGAUCACAGCGAAUGUAUUUUAAAAUAUUUUGAUGGUUUUGAGCCAAUCAUCAAAUGUGUCUUUUAAAUUUUUGACCCUUGUUUGCUUUCUGUUGUGAUAUAUUAGUGAAAGAAUAAACACGUUGCUGCUGAAAUUUAAGAUUUUUAUCCUCUGUCCUGUAGCCAUUUUUUGUCAAAGGACCUUUCCUUUCAAACUUGCGAACAAAGGUAUACUUCAUCUCCAAAAUAUUUAGAAUUUGAGAGAAGAAUUCAGUAAAGAAGACGUGUGAUUCUAUUAUUUUGUUUUUUUAAAUAAAAUUUUAAGUUCAGGAAGACAAGAAAGAACAGUUUUUAGUUUCCCUACCUUGAGUCAGUAUGUCCUCUGAAUGACACCAAACUCUAGAUCUCGGGUUAGUCGCUUGGAUUGCCUAGAGGUGCGGUUUCAUAGCAGCUAUUUACAUCUGCAGCGAGUUUUACUCUGGCUGUAUGUGGAUAUGAAGUGAAAUCUACGGAAAUAUUUAUUGCUGUAUGCAUUGAAAGAAGGAAAAAUAGUCUAUGUGAAUGUUGUGAUAUACCUGUACUCGUCUUUAGAGCCUCUUUCCCAUACCACCAGAUGAGGCUGUAACUUUGGUUCGCUUUGUUGUACUUUUGUGCUGAUUCUAAACGACGCAUUUCUACAUUUUCCAAUUAUACGCUUUUAAUCUUGACUAUGACAAACGUUCUCUGAUAGAGUGAGGACUUAUGUGCGAAAAUGCAUUCACAGUAAAUUUGCACAGUUUACUAGACCCUAAACAAUAUUUACUGUUUAGAUAUAAUUUUGAUGUAUUUAAUUGUUUUGGUAGUAGAACUAUAUUUUAGUGGUAGUAUUAAUUAUGUUGGUUGUACAUUUACUUUUUCUAAUGCCUUAAAACGGCUACAUCAUUCGGAGGAACGUCAAA